AUGAAAAGAUUCAUUUGUAGUAGCAAUACUACGUCGGCAAUAGCAAAUAACGAUAUUGCAAAGAAUUUAUUGUUCUUUUCACUUCAAUCUUCUUCAUUAUAUAAUCAUCAACACUGUAGUAUCAUUAAUCAAAGAUACUAUUGUAAUACUUCUUCUUCAUCAUCUUCUUCUUCAUCGUCAUCAUCAUCAUCAUCAUCACCGUUAUCAUUAUCAUCAACAAAUACUACUUCAAAGAACAACAAAGUAAAUAAUAAUUAUAAUGAAAAUUCACUAUCAUUUUUAUUUCAAGGACCAUCCUCUUCCUCUUCUCCAUCAUCAUCAUCACCGUUACCAUCAUCUAGAACAUCAUCUAUAUUCUCAAACAUAUUUUCAGGUGAUAGAGAUGAAAUCACUACUGAAACUCUAGGUAAAAUAACAAACAAAGAUCUUUCCAUUCGAUAUGAAAUAUUUGUUCAACGUAUUAUCAAUGAAGAUAUGGACUUUAUUGAUAUUCAUAGAUGGUUAAAAAGAUUCUUAAAGGCAAAUUCAAAUUAUAAAGGAUUUGAAAUAUAUGUUAAUGGAUUGUAUGAAGCAUUUAUAUCGCAAGUUGCACAAUAUCAAAAAGAACAAGCAUAUCUUUCCAAAGGACGUGCAAAAGUGGAUCAUUACACAUUCAACCUGCCACCCGACAAUUACAUCCCAUCACUCUUUAUCAUCUACCAUCAACCCCGUGUUGCCAACACCAAGGGAUUCCCUGUCGAAGAGAUUCAAAUCAGAGGACGCACGAGUUCAUCUAAAAGUUUGUUUUAUGAUGGUGGUGGUGAUGAUGAUUUUGGAAAUCCAAAAGAUUAUCCAUUGGAUCAGCAGCAGCAGCAUCAGAAUCAGCAACAGCAACAGCAUCCAAUCGGACAACAACAACAACAACAACACCAAAGAAUAUUUUUAAAAACUGAUGAAAAUAAUAACAAGCCAAUGGACAUGAUCGAUAAAAUGAUUGAAUCCAAUUUGAUACACUUUUGGUUUGACUAUCGUAAACACUGUCGUGUUGACAGAAACAACAUUUCUGUUCUCAGCGCUGCAGCCGCCGACUAUCAAAACGAUACAAUGGAAGAACGUUUGUUGCACAUGAUCCGUGUGCCAAAUCCACAACACGAGUGGGGCGAAUUGGAACAAAAACUGGUCACCCAUUACAAGGUUCUCAGAGACAGAGAGAUACCUAGCAACUUGUCAAUCAUGAAAAACUCAAUUACCAACAAUGAUUUGGAUCAUAUUGAACAACUGGUAUUACAAACAGAAACAACAAAUAAUAUUAUCGAAAAUGCAGAAGCAACAACAACAGAGGAAGAAUCAUCGUCGACGACGACGACGACGACGACGACGACGAUUAAAUCAUUCACAAAGUAUCAUUUCUUUUUAAUGAACUUUAUUGGAAAUUUCUAUCAAAAGUCGUCUAAAUCCAUUGGACCCAAGGAACAAGCCGUCAAGUUGUUUUGUGCCACUCAGCCAUUGACUGACAACCUACAGAUAAUCGACCAAUUUUUAGACGACCACUCAGACAGCAAGAGAAAGGCAAUAUCAAACUAUCAACCAUAUCUCAUACAGUUGACCAAGUUGGGAAGAAAGGAUCUCGUCCUUGGCAUCUUUAAAAAGAAUCAAUCGACAUUUGAAGCCAUGCAACAUGGAUUGGCUCAAAUCUUCCUUGAAGCUGCAGAAUCGCCACAAGACAUUAUUGACAUUUUCAAAUGUUUCCGUCGUUCACAAUCAAUCUCUUCUGAAAUUUAUGAUCGUAUCACCAAAGCCAAUCAAAUCGUCAACGAUCCCGCUGUAAAAGAUCUUUUGGACUCCCUUAUAGUUCGUCAUACUCCAAAGGUUGAUCCUUUUACAACUCUUCUUCCAGAAUCUAUAGAUUAUAUUAAAUCUUUAUUUAAUAUUCAAGAAUAA